ACUGACUAGAAAGUAUAUAACCUAUCUUUAUGUGUUAUGGAAAAUAAAGAGAAAUAAAGUGAAAUAGUAUAAGAUAAUAAAGAAAAUCAACUAAGAGAGAGAAGAAAUAGAAGAGAAAAAACUUUCUGCGAACAUAGUACUGUUAUGAACUGUACUAUAAAUGUAGCGCGGCACUUGACUGUAUUUAUCAAUUUUAUAUCAGUAAUUGUAUCAGUAAUUUUACUUAUUCAGUAACAUAAACAUGACAUCAACAGUAGCUUUGCCUUCAUCUACUUCUAUUACUACGAAUCCACAUGAAAGUCAAGAAAAAUUGUUUUAUAAUGAAUUAGGCAAGUAUAUUGAUUCCUUGAGCGAAAAUUUUAAAAAAAAGUGCAUAAUAAAAAAAGAAAUUUACGAUAAUAUUACUAAAGCAUUAACGCUAGAAAGGGGUAAGCCAUCAGUUUCAUUAUCUUCACAGUUCGUUUAUUGGGCACGUCAGAAUUUUGUUUUGUCGAAAUUUGCGGGUAACGAUAUUGUAUACUGUGCUAAAGCUAAGAAGCCUGUUUGUAGUUUUGAAUCGUUUUACAAUGUAAUCGGUGAAUGUCAUAAUAAUAUAUCACACGGUGGUCGACAUAAAACAGUUUAUGAAAUAAAUUCUCACUAUUCUUAGUUACCUCGUUUUGCUGUUGACAUUUUCUUGAAACAAUGUUUACCAUGUCAAUUACGUAAACCAAUUAAACAUCAUGUUGUAUCAAAACAAAUUAUUUCUUUGGGUGUAAUGACACGUUUACAAAUUGAUUUGGUAGAUAUGCGCACCCGACCAGACAAAGUUUCAGAAAAUGUUGUUUAUAAUUGGAUUCUUAAUUGCAUAGAUCAUUAUUCCAAAUUUUGUUGGGCAUUUCCAUUAAAAAAUAAAACGGCGGUUGAUGUGUCAGUUAAAUUAAGAGAAUUGUUUUUUACAUUUGAUCCACCUCGUUUGUUGCAUAGUGAUAAUGGUCGAGAAUUCGUUACGAUCACAUUUCAAUCCAUUUAA